AUGACUGUAGAACGAACCGGGCAUCAGGCCCCGGCCGGGUCGGUUGCACCGGCUUCGGAGCGCACGCCGCUGUUGGGAUCCGGCGCGUCUGAUGAUGAUGGUGACAAUGACAAUGACAAUGACCAGGAGGAGGAGACGACGGUGCUGGCCGAGGAAGUGUCCUUCUCCAAGCUGUGCCUCAUCAUGGGAACCGCCUACCUGGGCGUCUUUCUCGGGGCCAUCGACUCGUCCAUCAUCGCCACGCUCUCGGCGCCCAUCUCGAGUGAAUUCCAGUCUCUCAGCCUGCUCUCAUGGCUCGCAACUGCGUAUCUCAUCUCCAAUGCGGCGUGCCAGCCCAUCUCUGGUCGCUUGACGGACAUCUUUGGACGAGGCCCCGGCUUGGUAUUUAGCAAUAUCUUCUUUGCCGCUGGCAAUCUCAUCUGUGGUCUAGCCCAGAACUCCAGUGUCAUGAUUCUCGGUCGUGUCGUAGCGGGCAUUGGUGGCGGCGGCCUGAUGAGCAUCUCGACCUUUUUGGGAUCCGAUUUGAUUCCCUUGCGCAGUCGUGGCGUGGUCCAAGGCAUCGGCAACAUCUGCUACGGCUCUGGAGCCAUGCUGGGAGGCGUGUUUGGUGGAUUGAUGCACGACCACACCACACUGGGCUGGAGGCUGGCCUUCCUCGUCCAAGUCCCCCCAGCAAUCCUCUCUGCCGUGGCCGUGGCUAUCCUCGUUAGGGUGCCGCCAAAGCAAUCCAACAAGUCAUACCUUGCACGAAUCGACUUCGGUGGCGUCUUCUUCACGGUGUCCUUCCUAGUUCUCCUACUGCUUGGCGUCAAUGCCGGCGGGAAUCUCGUACCUUGGACCCAUCCCCUGCCACUCACGACGAUUCCUCUCUCCAUUGCUGCAUUUGCUGGCUUCAUCUGGUGGGAGAGCAGAGCGAUGCAGCCCAUCAUUCCAGUCAGGCUUCUGCUCGACCGCACGCUAUUCUCUGCCUGCUUGUGCAACUUUCUCGCCACCAUGGUUACCAUGUCUGGUGUCUUCUAUGUCCCGCUGUACCUCCAGGUUCGCGGUGACUCGCCAACAGUUUCAGGUUUGAAGAUUUUGCCUUCUCCUGUCGGUAUCUCCAUCUGCUCUGUUGGGGCUGGUUACAUUAUGAAGAAGACUGGCCGGUACGUCUCGCUGGGCAUUAGUAGCAUGCUGAUGGUUAUUUCUGGAGUCCUCGUCUUCUCUACACAGAAUGAAUCCAGCUCGGGAUGGGUGACCAUGGUGGCAUUCUUCCUGGUGGGCGGAGGCUAUGGUGCCAUGUUGACGACGACUCUGCUCGCAUGCAUUGCAGCAGUUGAUCACUCACAACAGGCCGUCAUCACAUCAGCAACCUAUCUUGCUCGAAGUCUGGGCGCUACGAUCGGCAUCACAACCAGCUCGGCCGUCUAUCAGAACCUGCUCAAUGCUCGUUUAUGGCAGCGAUUCGGUGAUGAGCCGCAUGCUGCUGAAAUCAUUCAAAAGAUCCGCGAUGACUUGAACUUCUUGCGACACUUGCCACCAGGAUGGCAUGAUGGGGUGUUGAGGUCAUUCAUGGAGGCAUUUAAAGGUGUCUGGUUAACCAUGCUCACCCUGGCCAUUGGUGCUCUCAUCUGUGUCUCGCUUAUGAGGCAGCACACGCUCCACGAGACUCUUUCUAGGCGAUGA